ACGCGGUUGAAGCUGCGGCAAUGCUGCUGUUCUGUCCGAGCUGCGGAAACGGACUAAUUGUGGAGGAGGGACAGCGUUGCCAUCGCUUCGCCUGCAACACUUGCCCCUAUGUGCAUAAUAUCACACGCAAGGUAACAAACAGAAAGUAUCCAAAGCUGAAAGAAGUGGAUGAUGUGCUUGGUGGAGCAGCUGCCUGGGAGAAUGUAGACUCCACUGCAGAACCAUGUCCAAAAUGUGAACAUCCCCGUGCCUACUUCAUGCAGCUUCAGACCCGUUCUGCAGAUGAGCCAAUGACCACCUUCUACAAGUGCUGCAAUGCUCAGUGUGGACAUCGAUGGAGAGACUAAGGGCAGGACUUACCCAGCUUGCAAGCAUAAAUUUUGUGUGUUGAAGGUCUUUGCUGUAUGAUAGGAAGCUAACUCUGUGGUGGAGGACCAGGGUGAAACAGGCCAUCUGUAAGUCAGCAGAUAAAAGUCCUUAAUGUACAGGGACCUCAGGUCCUUGGGAAAUACACAUGAAGAUAUUCACUUGGCUUCAGGUCCUGUUCAUUCUUCCUUUGUGUUUAGUAGGUAGGUGAUAGUUCCUUACUGUCAUUAGUCCUAGAAACUUGAACCUCCUAUUCUUCCUGCUUCUGUCUCAAAAAUGUUAGGAUGAUAGGCAUUUGAACCAUCUUCAUUUUAUACAUUGCAGGGGAUUGAAAUCUGAGCCUCAGGCAUUACUAGACAAGUACUCUGCCAAGUGAGCUAUAUCUCUAGCCAUUUAAUUUUUAAAAUUCUAUUUUUUCUCUCUAGAGAAAUUAUAAAAAUACCCAUAAAAUUUUUGAAAAGCACUUUAAAAUUCAGGAGACUGACAUGAUAUAUCUUAUGAUUAACAACUAAACAAACUGUUUUAUGAUUUGGAUUGUCUGCAUGAUGUUGAUAGGGAUUUAAAAGUAACCAAAAAUAUUUUAUAUUUCCAUCUAGGGGGAAUGAUCCACAAUAAAGCCUGUGCCUACCAUGUUCAAA